UAUCUACUACCAUAGAUAAUUAUCACAUGAAUGGAAACACAAUAGAAACGUGUCAUCCAAGAACUACGAUCAUAUUGAAAUUUGUUUGUGUGUAGUGCCGGGUCAGUAUUAUCUAUUUGUGAUGAGUUCGUGGGUGAAAUAUAUCAAAUCCAUUUCAACACAUGUGGAUUAUGAGGGUCAGGGUCGGGCAGAAAAAUUAUCAAGAGUUAUAAUAACACUUUUUGGAAUAGUUGGAUUAAUAUGGGGAUAUGUUAUACAGCAAUUUUCACAAACAUUAUACAUACUUGGUGCAGGAUUCAUGUUAGCAGCUGUGAUAACAUUACCACCAUGGCCCAUGUUUCGCCGUAAUCCUUUAGACUGGCAAAAACCGCAAUCAGAAGUUACAGUUAAACAGAAAAAGAAGAAAUAGUUUUUUUGUU